AUGGCGUCUGAAAAGCGUUUACGACAAAUCUCCCAAAACAAACCCCGCCCUCCUCCCGGCUUGAAAAGAUCAACAAGCCUGCGCCGCGCCUACAAUUACCUCUUCCACCAGGACAACCCUGUCUCGCGACCCGUGCCACAGAAGAGGGCCACGGCACCUCCCAGAUCUGACCAUGCUACCAGCUCCCAAGAACCGAACCAGGAGGAUGACGUUCGAAAAGAGUUGCUACAGUGUCGGAGGGAGCUCGAAGUAGCCAGAGAGAAACUCAUGUCUCAGGAUAGGGAGUUGGCAGAUCUCCAUCAACAUACGCAAAGACUGGAGACACGGUACAGAGAAAAAGAGGCGUCAUUGAAGCAUGAGAAGGUCGCCCUGGAGGAGAAUAUGGUGGCUGUGGUCGUGCAGCAAAUAAGAGAGGCCCAGAAAGCCGAACGACAGGCAGUGCGGGAAGAAUGCAAUCUAGAACACCAGGCGACAACGGAAUCUGUUCACCACAAAUACAAAUCCAGGGUCGCCAUCCUGACCCAGGAAUUGCAUGAUGCGCGUGCCGGAAAAGAGCAGCUCAAGGUCAGCCACGAGAAUGAACUGAAUCGGCUCCGGACCGAAGCGGCUUGCCUCACUGCUGAUCUCGAAGCUGCCAAAACAGCCAUUGCCGAGACGACUGCGGCGUUGAAUGGUGUGCAGCAAGCGUCGGCGACCGCGCUUGAGGAGUCGGAAAAGGCGAACAAUACUCUAAAAGCGGAGCUGGAAGCACAUAUAGCCACCCUCACCGAGCAACUCACUGGCGUGCGCUCGGGACUACAACAUGCAGAAACUAGACUUGAGGAUCGCAUCAAACAGUAUGAUGACCUGCAGCAAAACUCCUCCGCAGCCCUGGAGGAUGCCAAUAAGUCCCUUGCAACUCUCAAGGCAGAAUUGGAAUCCCAGAUACAGACUCAAGCCAUGGAGCUCUCUGCAGCCAAAGAUUGCCUUGAUGCUGCGUCCAAGGAGCGGGAAACCGAGACUUCUGCCAAACACAUCAUCCAAAACGAACUCGAGACUACGCGUGCCCAGAUUGCAGAACUCACCACCGAGCUCCAGGGCUAUGAUGAAGCAAAAAAAGCAUUAUCUGCGUCAGAAGCAAAAGUUGCUGAAUUGGCAGCACAUCUUCAAGAGAGUUCAUCGAACCAGGCAGCUCUCGAAGCAUCUGAGAAGCAGGUCGCUCAGCUUAUGGUAGACCUUGGAGCCUUUGAGGCUUGCAAGGAGGAGCUUGAGAGUUCUCGUAAUAGAGUCGCCGAGUUGGCUGUGGAGCUUGAAGACAACCAGGCAUCGAAAGAAGCUUUGGCGGAGGCAGAAUCAAAGAUUGCUUCAUUAUCGGCACAAUUGGAAGAGUAUUCUCAACUCCGAGCAGAACUUGACGUUGAGAUGCAACGUUCGGCAGAUCUGUCCAAGGACCUGGAAACACACAAAAUCGCCACUACUGAGUUAGGUGACAGACAUGAAGAGACGGAAGCACGCGCUACCGCCUUGCAGGAGGAGCAUUCUUCAGUGGUCAGCGAACUUCAGUCGUUGAAGGCAACUCUGGCGGCAGAAGUAGCCCGGGUUGCAGAAUCCAAAGAGCAACAUGAGCAGCAUAUCAAGGGCCUCGACUCGUCACGUCAAGAAUUACAGACCGCUCAUGAAGAGGUCCAAGCGAAGUUGAAGGCUCUUGAAGAGAACAACAAGACGCUCGAGUUAGAGCUGGAAGCAAGCAAACUUGCCGCAAUUGACCACGAAGCUGAAACGUCCAAGCUUACAGGUCAACUUGUUGCCGCACAAAACGAUUCACAGGCGGUCAAGGCCCAGCUUGCUGCUCUUGAGGCAGAUAAGCUGCAGCUCGCGGAAAGUCUGGCCGCGGCUCAGAUGGAGGCUGAGUCGAGAGAACAACGAAUGUCUGCCAUCCAAGCCGACAAUACAAAGUUGGCUGAACAGCUCAAGGCCUACGAAGCGGACGUUCACAAGCUUCGAGAAGAGCAUUACACCGCCAAUACAGCAAAAGCAUCCGAGUCACAAAAGGUUGCUGACUUGGAAGUCAAUCAGACCAAGCUUGUCGAGGAACUUGAGACGCUGAAGAACACCCUCCCCGUUUCCACCGCUCAGAUCACAAGCCUCGAGGACGAAAAGGCUAGACUAACAGCACGUGUCCAGGAUUUGGAACAUGCCCAGGCUACUGCCAACGAUAAGAUUGCUAAAGUUGAGGCAGAGAAUUCGGAGUAUGCCUCUCAGCUUCAGAAAGCCGCUCAGACUGUGGAGGAGAACAAAGCGGAGCUAGAAAUCUCGAAAUCAGCCACAGCCGAAAUAGGGAGGAGGCUCGAGCAAGCACAACAGGAAAAGGUGGAAGCGGAGAAGCAGCUAGCGGCUCUUGAAGAACGACUCAAAGCCGUCCAGGCUAAUUAUGAAGACAUAACUGCGAGAACAACCGCCGUCGAGACUGAGAAGGCAUCUGUGGAAGCUUGUCUCGUCGAAGUACAACAGUUGCACGAGUCAACUAGAUGCGAUCUAGAAUCCAAGCUUGCGGCUGCCGAUGACACUCUACAAAAGGCUAGCGAAGAAUCCCGUGUCUCCAUCAACGAGCUUGAGGACAAACUGGCUGCACUCGAUGUCUUCCACAAAUCUGCCGAGGAAGCCUUGGAGAAAGCUCAGGCCCACUCAGAGGCAGCCAUGGCCGAAAUGGAAGCGAGAUUGACGGAAGCACGAACAGCCCAGAAACUGGCCGAGGAGAAGCUGGAAACAGUACAGGCAGCUGCCAGUACAUCAAGAACCGAACUUGAGCAGCAGCUCGCUGACGCCAAAACGGCCCAGAAAGACGCAGAGGAGGCUUUUGCUAUAGCAACACAGAAACUCGAGGAUCACAGCAGCCUAGAAACAACCCUCGCGACUGCGUUGGCCGCCCAGAAGUCCGGCGAAGAAGCACUCGAAGCGAUGCGCCAGAGAAUGGAACAGCUUGAAGAGGCACAAGCAGGCCUCGAGUCCCAGCUGCAGCAGUCCGAGAGCAGACGAGUCGAAGCUGAGAAAGCCGCACACGAGUUGCGCGAUUUCAAGACUGUAUUGGAACAUAAUUUGAGUCAAGCCGAAGAAGAAAAGGCGCACGCCGAGCAGAAAGUGAAAGACGCAAGGGACAAGCUCGCACAGGUGCAGGGUGAACUCGACUCUGCCAUCCAAGAUAAAACCGACAUAGCCGAGAGGACUUCCAGAGAGCUCGAAGCCAAAGCAGCCGAGCUCACAACCGCGCUCGCUUCCCAGGUGGAGACUGCUUACCGUGUGAAUGAAGCCGAGGCUCAGCUGGAAUCGAUGCACACUGAGCAGCAGGCUCUGCGGCACCGUCUGAAGGAGCUCGAAUCGGAGCUUGAGACUCUGGAAACGAAGUCAUCUGCCUUCGACAGCGUCAACAAAGAGCUCGAAUUGAAAGCCCAGGCAAUUCAAGAACUGACAGCCAGCAAGAACGAGACAGAGACGCAGCUGAAUAAAACCGUCGCGAAGCUCGAUGCGGUUCAAGCAGAAAUAGAAUCUCUUCGGACGUCUGAAGCUUGCGCUGCUCAAAACGAGACAAUUGACCUGGAUGGCAAAGAACAGAAGCGCAAACCCGCCUCGGAGCACAUUGCGCAAGAAAUGUCAGGCCUGCAGACUGAUCUGGAAGCCAAGAACAGUGAAAUCGCAGACCUCAAAGCGUGGAAGCAGAAAGUCGAGGAAGACAUAGAAAGCCUAGCUGGGCGGCCGUCAGUGACGACGUCUGGAGAAUCCAGCGUCCCACAUGAGGAGACGGUGCUGUCUACCAUGGACGAGGACAAAACUUCCACGGUGGCUGUUGUCAACGGUGACGAUGACGGCCAAGACAGGAGAGGUGAGAGAGACAGCAAGUCUCACGGAGGUGGUUGUGACACCAAGUCAGAUGACAAGACAGAUGAGCCAGGUGAGCCAAAUGAGGCGGACCAUACGAACGACGAAGUGGAUUUGCCUGAGAAGGAGAACGGAGAUAAUUAUCACACAUCUCGAAUUGAUGCUGGCCACGUCGAGACGGGCGACGAGAAUUGA